AUGGAUAAAGUUGCACACUUGGCAGAUGCAGGGUAUAAGCUCCUGUCAAAAAGCACUGUCGCCGGAGCCUCUGGCCUGCGCGAUCCUCUGCCCCUCCGGCUGCAGGGCGGGCGGGAUCCUGCCCCGCGGGGGCGGCGGCGGCCGCCGCAGCGCGCGAGGCCCCUGCAAACCGCACCACUGCCCGCCCCGCCGCCCGCCUCCACCCCAAGCUCCGAGCCCCGGGGGCCGUGCCCGCCGCCCGCCCCACCCAGGCGGCCCGAGGAGGCUGCAGCCGUGGCCGAGACGGAGGAGCGGAGCCUGGACAAUUUCUUCACCAAAAGGGACAAAAAGAAGGAGCGGAGCAGCCCGGCGGCGCCGGGGGAGCAGCGGAGCCGCGAGGCGCGGCGGGCGGCGGGAGCUGUGUGCUGCGGGGCCUCCACCAAGGCCGUAACGAAGGAGGAAGAUGAGUGGAAAGAAUUUGAGCAAAAAGAAGUUGAUUACAGCCGCCUGAGAGUUCAGGCAAUGCCAAUAUGUGAAAAGGAAGAAGAGGAUAAUGAAAAGAGAGAAGGCCCAGGUGAUAAGUGGGAAGGAGGUGGAGGUGGUGGUGUAGAAAAAUCUUCAGGUCCCUGCAAUAAAACAGCUCCAGGGCAAGCACCUCUUGCUCCAGGAACUGUUACAGAAACCCCCGAACCGGCAACAACUAGUGAUGUGUAUAGGCAUCCCGGGGCGAGAUUAACCACAACAAGGGAAAAAACACAAGGACCACCAGAAAUAGACAGCGACACACAGUUCCCAUCCCUGCAACCCACUGCCAAGCAUGUGGGGAGCUGGAAGGAUAAAGAGAUGGAGAAGAGCUCUGAAGUAGUCAGACACGGAAUGAGACGUAGGGAUGAGCUUUCAAAAAGCCAGGCCCUUAAACUGCAGCUAGACAACCGAUGUGCUGUGCUGGAAGGUCAGAGAAGCGGCCGCGCACAGUCCAGUUAAGGAAUGGCCUGUGCUAACCCUGCUAAGAUAACCGGACCACGGCUAACCACCAGGAACAGCCGUCCUCAGCCCAUCUCUGCUGGCUCUACACCUGAGGCAGACCACUCACUGUAAGUGACUGGCCCUUCUGUGCUGGAAGUUUACUGCUCUCUAUGUGUAUCGGAUUUAGGGGGAUUUUCCUCGCUAUAGAAAUGUGUGACCUAGAUUCAACAGUGUUCUUUCAUAAUUACUCUGCAAAUACAAAACAAAAACUGCAGCCACUGGUCAUUGCAAAAUCUUUUUGUGUUCGGAUACAGAGCCUUGGUAAGCGCUGACUCCCUAGGUUUGCUGGCACUCGUGGACUUUGUGUGGAUCACAACUUCUGGAUGCGAAGGUUACAGCUAUUAAGUGUCGAUGUGAAACUUGAAACCAGCUCUACUGGAUUCGUAUCAGAAAUCCUGCAGAAAGUCAGCCAUUGGGCUUCUGAUCUGCUGUAAAAGAGGAAGAUUUAAGUGACCUUAAUUAACCUGUGCCCCACCCUCCAGGAGCGUUCUGUCGUGGGCUCUGGCUGUAUUAGACUUCCGGAACGUACGGCUUGCAAAAGAACCAAGGUGUUCAGAUAAUCUGUAUAGGGUUGUAAUUUAUAAUUUAAACUUUGAGUUGUAUUCUGAGGUAACCACAAAUUAAAUGCAACCAAACUUGGGUCCACCAAGUGGGAAAGGGCAGAAUCUUGUUUCUUUUAGUAAUUUUUUAUUUGGGUAGUGCUUUUUCUGUGUUCCACAUAAAGGCCUUGUUUUUGCUUUGACUUGGAAUGAGUCCUUUGACAGAGCAUGUUGCUUGGUUAGGUAAGUAACCUGAAAUAUGCAUUAGAAUUGUGAAAUGUUUCGUGAAUUUGCCCCCUAGAGUGGAACCAAAUAGCCUUUGGUAUAAAGGGCAGUGGAUGCAGCGGGCUCUACUUCAGGUGCUGCCAAAGCCUUCGUGAUCAGGUCAAAAUGGUAGAGUGGACUGCUGUGGAACAAGCGUGGCUUCACGCCGGCCGAGGGAUUCACUGCCCUGUCCUUAAAAAUUCAGAGCAACGCAAGCAGAAUCUCAACCUAAACCCCACUUAAGUGUCAUGGAUCUUGUCUGAUCUUUGCCAAGAAUUCCAGAUACUUGUGCCCAGAUUUUUCAGGUGUUGAACAUUCCGUACGUGCAGUGAUUGUCCCACCUUAGCUCUGUUAUCAGCCUUCUGGUGUGUCUUUACGUUGUUCAUUUGGAGAGUCAGGGACAAAAGACAGGUGAGGUAGCACUUCUGUUUUUCAUAAUUACAGCUUAAACUAUCCAGUAGUUUUUAGCCCUUGAAAGGGACUGCAGGAAGCUACCCAGGAUUCCUGAAAGGUCUUUCCAUCUAAUGAGUUAGUCUGGUCAUUUCCUAGUUUUGUGUCUUUGGUUCAAUAGAAGUAUUUCAAAGUGCUGUGUGACCACUUGGUGCAGAGUCGGGGUUUCUCUAUGAUAAAUCCCUUUGCCAAAUGCCAGAGUUGCAGACUUG